AUGUUUGCUCACUUCGCCAUUACUCAACCGCUCGAAGUGCUACCGACGUCUCAAUUUGGAAACAGCUUUUGGACCUUCCAGCAUUAUGGAGCCCCGACUACGGUGCAGCAGUGGUGUAAGGAAAACUUCCCCGACGUUAUCGCGUUUAGCGAGUGGCCGGCUUGCUCUCCGGACCUAAAUCCCAUGGACUACAGUGUGUGGGCCGUUCUGGAGGCAGAGGCUUGCUCGAAACCUCAUCGCUCUGUGGAUUCGCUAGAAAAAGCUCUUGAGAAGACAUGGGGCAAGCUCAGCGUGCGAUACUUGCGUGCCACCGUUGAUGCUUUCCCUGAGCGUCUCAAGGCUUUCGUCGAGGCCAACGGGGGACUUUUCGAAACCCAUCGAAUAUUUUGA